AUGACAAGCGGCCUACCUUAUCUUAAGUCAUUGCGCAAGCCUGACCUCGUCGACUUUGCCGAGCGCACCGAUCUCCAAGAAUAUGAGGACUUUAACAAGAAUGAUCUCGCAAUUGCGCUGGAUAAGCACCUGAGCGACAACAGUUCCAUCUUCAUGUCCGACAGCAAGCUCAGCAAAUUCUACGAGCGCCUAGGCGUCGCCACACCCGGCAAAACACCCAGGAAGACGCCGUCCAAGCGCAUGUCCGAGGCCAAGGUCGAGAUCUCCCCAGUCAAGAAGACCCCCGGCCGCAAGCCCAAGGCCAAAGUCGAGAGCGAACCCUCCUCUGACGAGAGCACCAACGCCGUUGUCCCCAAGCCCAGCCGCACCCCCAGUUCGGUCCGCACUCCGCGAGCAUCUUUCGAUGUCCCCGCCUCGCCGGCCUUGGUGGCCGCCAGCAUUGACCGCCAAACCGCCAAGAUGCGCGAGGGCCUGGAGAACGCCUGGGACCAUAGUGGCUUCCUGGAGCACUCGUACAGCGUGCGCGCAAUGCUGAGCAGCCUCAAGGCCGUCGAGACCAUCCUUAUCUGUCUAGAAGGGUCCAGCGUGAUCAAGUCACUAUUCCCUAUGCGCCAUCUUACCAACACCCCUGCUGUGGACGCGAUUCACCUGCCAGAGAUUAUGAUCAAGGUUCCCGACGUGUUUGUGCUGGUCACCGGCGAAUUCUGGGCUACGUUGACGCUGUGGGCGCUUACCAGUGUCGUGCUGCCUUUGAUCGCGGCUUGGUUCAUUAACUUGAGCUGGAUGGCUGCGACUGGUGGGCAGACAGUUCGUCGGACUCGUUCAGCUUCGACUCGAGCUAGCUUUGACCCGCUCACCUUUAACAUUGCGAAGGCUUUGCUGGUGUAUAAGGUCUUUGUGGAGCACUUCAACUACUUUGAUCUUUUCAGCAACUACACUAUUCUUAAGGUCGAUGCUGUUGUUCCUGGUCGCUGGAAGGGAAUGUUGACCGGAACUGCUAUCGGUGUUAUCGGGACUCUGUACGAGGCUAUCCUGCGGCGUUCGUGA